GGAGAGCUUUCAGCAUCAGGCAUGACAUGUUCCCAACAGCUAAAUUCAUACAUGAAUUCCAGCUGCAAACAAAUCAAAAGACAGGAAUAUUGGACUUGUUUAUAAAAUUUAUAUUUUAUAUCCAUUUGUGUACUUUAUUUACUCUGUGGACUCUUUCUUUACAUAGGGACCAAACCUUAAUUAACGUGGCUCAGAAAAAAUAUGUGCCAGAUGUGGUUCAUAUAGAGGCCUUGUAAGGUAAUAAGAAUCACGAUAUAGUGGGUGUGUUAGGCUGCGGAUGAUUUACAAAUAGUUCGUACGCAGUCAGACCGUCAACCACAUGGUCAGUUGUAUCAAGAUGCAUUUCCGACUGUCGUGUUGCACAGUGAUGUGCAAAUUUCCAUAUUUUUGUUAGAGUUGCAGUCCUGAGAGCAGUUAUGUAAUUCAAAAUCGAGUAACUAGUAACAUUCGUUACUCUUUUGGUUUCUCUGCCUUAAAUUUUUACUAAAAAUAUGUAAUUGAAUUAACUUUAAUACCAAGAUUACUGCCUUUUAGCGUUUUGACACUGUGUAGUCAAUUAGAAAAUCAUCAGUUUUUCACAGGAGCUUUCUGUUUCCAUCUUCAAAGUAGAAGAAUUCUUCUAAUGGAUAUGCAAAUCUGAUAUAAGAUAUACGAGUAUAUGAUAAGUGGAUGGAUGGAAAUAUUUGUUGAACAUGAAGAUGGAAGCAGUAGCUUCCUCCGUAACACUGGUAACUUGUCUACCUUACUACAUGGUGUCACAUCACAAAAAAUGGCAAUGCAUAGUAUAAAUCAAAUAUAUUCUUGUGAGAUCUUACAAAAUGCGACAUGCACCACAGUUACCUUCAUGAGAAUUUUGAGAGGUUUUUUAACUUGUCACUCAGUGCGUAGGUUCGUAAUGUGGGAUAGAAAUAUUCUCAUAUUUGUGGAAUGUAGUUUCAGUUGAGCUGAGACAAGUAACAGCUCUACGUGUAAACCUUCGAAAAAUAGUUCGUUACACUGUAUUUUCUGGGUGAAGCAAAAUUUCAAAUAGUGAGUUCACAACUAGGCACGAAUUUGUGUAAUUUUUUAUUUUGUGAAGGAUUUUAUCAAUUAACAGAGAGGCAGAUGAGAAACACAGGUAGCUUCUCUACAAGAUAGUUCAGUUCCCAGGUUGAGAACCACUGACGUAGUAGUGCAGAAUUUUAAUUGUACCAACUUACCACGUGUAAACAGUGGGAAAUAGCCGGGGAGUUUGUGUGUUCCUUAGGUUGGUGUACUGUUACAAUCUCAGUAAUUGUUUGUGAACAUAGCUGCCUUCAUUAAAUUUCUAAACAUACUUUGUAAUGUAGUUUAAAUUGAUGACAUUUACGUGAAUCGCGUUCAUGUCAGUUGGUAUUAUAAAGUAUUAAUAAUGAUUUAUUGAAACCAGUUCUAUGAAGAGUAUUAAGGCAAAUUAUAUAUUGUACAGUUUUCAUAAAAUGACAAUAACAACAUAACCAAGGUUAUAUAUGUACAAAAUGUUUUACAAUUGUAAUGGAAAAUUGUGUGAAAUUUGAAAAUUUAAAAUGUCUACCAAUUCUGAUCUAAAAUCUACAGUACAAUAAACCAUUUCAGAUUUUAUGUGGAAGUUCUAAGGUUCAUGCGCCUUCAGUUUUGUAUUACAUUUUAUUUCCUUUUGUCUUGAUGUCUUACACAUCUUGUUUUGUAUCAUUAAUAUCCUAAAAUAUAAAAAUAAGAAAUGAUUAUGUUAUAUUGCUCAAUUCAUAUGUUUCUUGUAUGGUGGCUAAUUGAAAGUAACAAUACAGAACCUGUUGUUCAUAAAGUCUCCUGUUCUUGUCAUUUCUGUUUUCUAGGUUCACCAAGGAUUUGCUGAAGAUCUGUUCAUGAGUGCAGAUUGCAUGUCUUGGGUUCGGUAAUUCGUCAGAGACGAUAAGGGAAACGAAUCCAUCCCUUUGCCCAUGUGUCCCUCAAACCACUAAUCCAGCAAUGCUAGAAUUCAAGUCAGCCAACAUCACGGGUGAAUGGUUGGCACUUCUUCAUAUUUAUGAGGUCCCGGGUUCAAAUCUAGACUUGGAAGUCGGCUGUCGUGAUGGAGGUUGUUAUGAUUUUUAUGACAGGAGCCUGGACCGUCACAGCGCAUGGUCACGGAGGGGACGUCGACAAGUGCGCGCAUAUCAUUGAAGGUAAAAGCAGUGAGCGUCGCCUCACGAGAUGCUGUUAGCUCUGAGACGCCGCUCGACGGACGGCGUCGAUCUGCCACGGCUUGGCCAGGAGCCUGGGAGAUAUGAUGUUGAUGUAAAUGUGAUACAGCCAUGGAAAAUGGGAACCGAAAUCCUCACUGUCAACCGUUCGCCCAUAAGGGCGAAUUUUGUAGUUCAAAGGCGCUCACAACACGUCCUCCGAGCAGAAGAAGAGUCCUGUCAAGAAUAUUUCAGGCACUGUUGGUUGUGGUACUGCUCAUUACAAUUGGCAUCAAUGUAUUAUUCAUCCUCAAUACGAGCCGACGUCUUCAGAAAGAAAUGCCCUUGACAGGGGGCGGUGGUGAGCUCAUUGAUGGUGAGAGCAGGCGAAACAGUCUCAGACUCCAAGAAAGUCAACCCAAGUCUCUUGGUAUUGAAGUUGUCUCCAGCCAGUCAAAAGUAUCCGUGUCGGUGGAUGGCACAACGAUCCUGGAGGCUGGAGAAGACCACAAGGGGCGAGGGAUCCACGUGAUUGUGCUGAACCAGGCUAGUGGGAGUGUGAUGGCACAGCGUAAGUUCGAUACGUACUCGCCACACGAAGACGAAGCCAUGUCACUCUUCCUGAACAUGGUUUCUGAUGGCAGAGUCGUCAUAUUCGCCAUAAAGGAUGAAGGAACAUUCCAGAUGAAACAGCCAGCCAGAGACCUCCUGAAGAGACUGGGUUCAAAGCGAGCCCAGAUAAUUGGAUGGAGAGACAUGUGGGCCAUGUUAACACAGAAAGGUGCCAAGAUGUUCGGAGAGUCUUACAGCAAGAGUACUGAGUUCAACACCUGGGGAGCUCCUGUAGUGCUUCGUACAGAAAUACCGCUCAUGCCCAUUGAAGAAAGUGAGUGUGAUUGGGCGGAUACAGAUGAGAACCGGCGAAGAAGAGAGUUUUGUAACCAUAUCGAGGGUUAUGGCAGCGUCUGCAGCUGCACGGAUCCUGCGCCAUUGUUGUUUAACCCUGAACCACUGGUGAAUAAUAAGGUUCAUGAUGUACCAGUGGCUGUCAUUGCAAGCAACAGGCCUCAUUACCUGUACAGGAUGCUGAGGUCUCUUCUCUCUGCACAUGGAGCAAAUCCAGAGAUGAUAACAGUCUUCAUUGAUGGCUACUUUGAGGAACCUCUUGAGGUGACAAAACUCUUUGGACUGCGAGGAAUUCAGCACACACCAAUUGGAGUUAAGAAUGCCAGAAUAUCUCAGCACUACAAGGCUUCUCUCACAGCAACAUUCAACAUAUUUCCCAAUGCCAAAUAUGUAAUUAUUGUGGAAGAAGAUUUGGAUGUGUCUCCAGACUUCUUCAGUUACUUCAGCCAGACUAAGAGACUGCUGGAGGAGGACGAGACACUUUACUGCAUCUCUGCCUGGAAUGACCAGGGUUAUGAGCACACCAGCAGUGAUCCAAGCUUGUUAUACAGAGUGGAAACCAUGCCAGGGCUCGGAUGGAUCCUUAAAAGAUCUCUCUAUAAAGAUGAGCUGGAAUCCAAAUGGCCAACACCUGAAAAGAUGUGGGACUGGGAUAUGUGGAUGCGGCUACCUGAGGUUCGGAAGGGCAGAGAGUGUGUGAUUCCAGACGUGUCUCGGACGUACCAUUUCGGUGCUUCAGGUCUGAACAUGAAUUCCUACUUCCAAGACGUCUACUUUAAGAAACAUUCUUUCAAUACCUUGCCAUAUGUGAAGCUGAAACAUGUUGACAGCAUAAACAAGAACAGUUAUGAGGAGUUAAUUGUGGACAUGAUCAAAAGAGGUCUUGUUUUGGAUCACAGCAAAUCACCAUGUGAGGAGAACUUCAUACCAGACAAAAAGGUGAAGUUUGCCUUCACACACAAUAUUCACUACAUCAACUUCAUAUUUUUCUCUAAUAUAUUUAAUUAUUAUGGUGUUUNACAGCAAAUCACCAU